AUGACGGAAGAUAAGGGAAAGUCAAGUAUUCUCUCUUGCAGAUACCAUGGUUGGUCAUAUGGUCUCAAUGGUCAACUAGCGAAAGCUCCGGGGUACGAUGACAUGAAAGGCUUUGACAAGACAAAGAACGGUCUUCUGCCAGUCCAAGUUCAUGUUGACGCCAAUGGCUUUAUCUGGGUCAACCUCGAUGCUUCAAACAAGCCUGAGGACUUUUCGACUGAGUUCAAGAACAUUGAUCAGAUGGCUAGACAUGAGGGCUUCAAUUUUGAGGACUAUCAGUUUGAUCAUACCUGGGGCAUGAGCGGUGACUACAACUGGAAGACUUUGGCUGAUAACUACAACGAAUGUUAUCACUGCAAGACCGCACAUCCAGAUGCAGCUGAUGUCGCUGAUCUAUCGGCAUAUCGAGUCGAUACCAAGGGCGGUAAUAUCGAGCACUUUGCCAACACCAAACCUGAGAUGGAAGAACAAGGUCUCAGGAUCGUGAGCAACUAUUACUUCCCCAACGCUUGCAUGACAGUCUCUCCCAACUUCUUUUACAUGAUGCGAUGCGUUCCUACUUCACCCGGCCACUGCUCCAUGGAAUACGAAGUCUACCGACAUAAGGACGCAACUGACGAAGGUUUCCAGACUAUUGAUGCGAUGUUCAAGAGGAUCUUGGCUGAGGAUAAAUGGCUCUGUAAUAACGCACAGAAGAACCUCAAUGCUGGCGUGUUUGUCAAUGGCGAGAUGCAUCCUAAGAUGGAACAAGGUCCUCUCUACUUUCAGCAUCGCGUUAGAGGUAUCUUGAAUGGCCAUUAUCAGUUGGAAAAGGCGGCUGGAAAGGAGAUCAAUCCAGCGCAGCAUGUUCCGUCUGAUGCUUUCCGUGGGACGGAGAAUGAUAUGGAAUUUUGCUCGAGUUUGACCUGCGGGAAGGGUGCUGAACAGCUGGCUUGGUAG